AUGGAGCCUGCUCUUCACCGCCCACGCCCAAUCAGUGAAUCAGACCGUAGGGGGUCGUCGGAGGUCCCAUCUGCUGGGAAGAGACAUAAAAGAACAUCCUGUUCCGGCCGUCUGACUCCAGGCUUCUGGAACCGCUUGUCCUCAAUCCGCCUGACGCGAAGAGCGCUGGACGAAUUCGACCGCAGAUUUUCAGUGCGAAAGAAGAGUUUGUUCAAGCGACCUACCAGCGUCAAACCACUCUCUGAACCUGGAACCCUCCGUCUAGAGCGCUUUUCAAGACACGGCGGCCCUGAUUUGACCCAUCUUCGAGGAUUUACCAUCAAGGACGCACGAGACUACACCAUGAGCCCAUCCCGUGCAGGCAGAAAGCCGGAAUCCAUACCGGAUGGAGGUGAUGACCGCCGGAAGAGCAAAUCUACCUACGACGCCAAUUUUGAGCAAAACAUGAUUGAUAGUGGAAUCUACCCAGCAGGCUAUCAGCACGAUGACACACAGGAGCAGCUAGAACCGAAAAAUAUCGACGAAAUACGAAGGACUCUGCGGGAACCCCGGGCUUCUCUCUGCGAAUCACAGUUCUCUGUCCAUGCUUUCCGGGAUUUUCGUAUACAGCUUGUAAGAGCGCGUGAUGAAGCGAAAGCACGGGCUGAAAUUCUGUCUGUCGUUGCCGGUGAGAAAGGAAAGGAGCAUUAUAACGCGUCAGAUCGGCUAUUCAACAACUUGGAACCCUUGGAUAAACACCUACCAACUCCAAAACCGGACUUCUAUGAUGGUGCUCAACCUAGUUCUAUCCUUCCUACUGUCCGGUACGAACUCAAAGACUAUAUCGUUCCAUGCACCAACACGUCGCUACCAGCCGCACCUAACUUCUUCGUGGAGGCCAAGGGUCUUAGCGGCCGUCCUGAUGUCGGGACGCGUCAGGCCUGCUACGAUGGAGCGCUUGGGGCUCGAGUAAUGUAUUGCCUUCAAAACUACAAACUACCCGAGGCAAAUUACGAUGGCAACGCUUACAGCUUCUCGUGCACGUGGUACGAUGGCUUCCUGAGAUUGUACGCACACUAUCCAUCGCCGCCCACGACUCCUGAUCAACCACAAAGAUAUCAUAUGACACGGUUGGCCGGAUACGAUAUGACAAACGAUGCCCAUUCUUUCAGAGAAGGAGCAGCUGCCUUUCGCAAUCUACGCGAUCACGCCAAAACCGUCCGAGACAAGUUCAUCAAGGAGGUAAAUCAACGAGUGGCAACUGGUCAUCAGGAGACUAGCCAGGCGAGUCCCGCUGGGUCCGUUUCAGAGCUCCAAGACCGAUCUGAAGUUUCAGCAGACGACCCUCCCGCAGAGUAA